UAUCCAUAUUUUAUCUGUGUUUCUUGGAACAAAGAUUUGAUCAGGAUGAAGUUGAGUUUAUUGCAUUUAUUAUGUGUUGUGUGGACUAUGAUGGGAACGAUGAUAUUAUUAUUAGAUUGUGAGCUGAGCGGGAGGGCAUUAGGUUGCACGGAAGAUGAGAGAAUUGGGUUGCUUAACCUCAAAGCCGCCUUCAAGUUCCCAAAUCCCUCGUGGCACGCCGAUCACCAAGAUUGCUGCCGAUGGAAGGAAAUUAAGUGCAGCAAUGUUGCCAAUACUAUGCGGGUGACCGAGCUCCACCUCAAUGACACAAUUGAACAGAUGCCAUUUUAUCUUGAUGCAUCCUGGUCUCUUAAUGCAUCCUUGUUCCUUCCUUUAGACGAAUUACAAGUACUCGACCUGAGCUUGAAUGGCCUUGCAGGUUUUACAAACACCUUGAGAUUGAAGAACUUACGAUCACUAAAUUUAAGUGGCAAUGACCUGAAGCAAGUCCCGAACUUGGAUGGACUACCUUCUCUCACGAAGAUCUUUUUAAGCUUUAAUAGACUGGAGGAUUUGAAUCAUCUUAAAGGGUUGAAGCUGGAGACACUUGAUCUUUCAGGAAAUUAUCAAUCGUUCAGCCAGGAUGAGCUCUCGAUCAUUUGGAAUAUGACAUCUCUUAAAUACCUUUCAAUCAAUUGGAAUGAACUAAAUGACUCUAUAUUUGAAGGCAAGUAAUCUGAAAAUACCAUGGUCUCUUGAUGCGUCCUUGUUCCUUCCUUCUGAGGAACUACAAGUACUCAACCAGCACUGGCCGGGAAUGGCCUUGCCUGUUCCUGGCUAGCGCUCUUUGAUCUCUAAUGAUUAAUUUUAUAUACACGCAAUUAUUCAAAUUUCGUUCACUUAUCAUUAACUCCACAUGCAGGCUUUCUUUUUGGUGAUUGCUAUCAUCAAAUUGACAUGAUCUACAUCUUUGUUCACAUCUUGCACACUAUCAAAAAUAAAUCAAAUGUGAGCGCGCGCGCGCGCACACUUAUAUAAAUAUAUGAGUAACUAAAUAGAAGACCUAAGUAAUUAAAGGCUAGUUUAAUACCUACAAGUUUAAAAAAAUAGGACAAAAGUAAUUGAAUGAGGAAUGGAGGAAUGAUUAUACUGCCAUAUAAGUAUUUAUCUUUUUUCCAAAGAACGACUAUGAUAUAAUCAAGAGAUUUUGAUAAAUCCUCCCAACCCUUCAAAAUUAAUAUUAUGUAGUAUUAGCCUUUUCUUAUGGAGUGACUCGUGAACUUUUUGUUUGCCUAUAAAUGUACAUAUACAUAUAUAUGUGCUUGUAGGUUUUACGAACACCUUGAAAUUGAAAAGCCUACAAUCACUAGAUUUAAGCGGCAAUCACCUGAAGCAAGUUCCGGACUUGGAUGGGCUACCUUCUCUCACGGAUUUAUACUUAAGUGAUAAUUCACUGGAGCACUUGCAUCAUCUUAAAGGAUUGAAACUGGAGGUACUUGAUCUUUCGUUUAAUAAAAUGAGCAGCAAGGAUGAGCUCUCGGUCAUUUGGAAUAUGACAUCGCUUAAACACCUGUCAAUCGGAUGGAAUAGUCUGAAUGACUCAAUAUUUGGAGGCAA